UAGAAAAACCAUAUAAUCAACACAAGCUGGAAAUAAAAUUUGUUUUGAAUCUACAAUCUGCCUUACGGAAACGUUUUGUAUUUCAGGUUACACUUUAAGCAAGCAGAAUGUCAGGAUUUAAUUUUGGAGGUGGGGGUGGAUCUAGUGGUUUUAGCUUUGGGACAGCUGCUCAGGCAGCAACAACAACAGCAGCAGCUGUUGCACCAAGCGGUAGUUUCAGCUUCAGUUCUCCUGCUACAAGUUCAGCUGGAGGAAGCUCAGGAUUCAGUUUUGGCAAACCAGCAACCUCUACUGCAACUUUAGGAGGAGGUUUUAGCUUUAAUCACCCUGCUGCUUCUGCUACUGGAAGUGCUGCACCCAUAGGAGGGUCAUUUUUCAAUAAUCCAGCCAGUACAGCUUCUGGUGGCAGCCUACUAGGAAAUCCUCCAGCAGCUUCAACAGCUGGGAUUGGAUUUAGUUUCACUAGUGGAAGCAACUUCAGCUUCACACCCACUUCAGCACCUGCUAGUACUGGAGGCCUUGGAACAGCAACUCCCGGACUUGGAACAGUAGCUCCCGGACUUGGAACAGCAGCUCCUGGACUUGGAACAGCAGCUUCUGGAGUUGGAACAGCAGCUCCUGGACUUGGAACAGCAGCUUCUUCUGGUGGAUCUUCAGGGUUUUCUUUCUCUCUUCCAAGUUCUGUACCAGCAGCAUCACAGCCUGCAUUGCAGGCUGCAACAUCUUCAGCUUCAACAUUGUUCUCCUUGACAGUAAAACCAGCAUCAACAGGAGGAAGUCUUACAGUUGGUGGAAAGUCUUACCCUAGUACAACAGGAGGGAUGCCAUCACUCUUAUCAACAUUAAGCUCUACAACAACUGCCACAAGUGCAACAGCUACUGGGCUUGGGCAAGCUCUAAGUGCUACAACAGCACCUGCACCAAGUCUGCCAGCAACCUCUGGUGCCACAACAGGUGUAUUUCUUAAGAGUGGAGUUGCAACACCUGCUCCAAUCACAGCUGCUGCCACACCAUCUAUCUUGGGCAUGAAACUGGCAGGAAACACCACAGCUUCACCGUCUGGUGCAGUUCCAGCUCUUGGCUCAUCCACACUCCUUGCUAAGCCUGCUUCCUCUGCACCCUCACUAACCUCUGGCUUCCCUCUUACCACAACAUCAACAGCAACAUCUAGUGUGCCAGCAUCAACUCCUGCCUUGGCUACUCUUACAACAGCUACAAGCACAAGCAGCGCAUCUAUCACAGCAGCACCUACAGCUACUACUCCCACGCUCAGUGUAAGAGGAUUAGAAGAAAAGGUGAACAAGUGGGUAUCUGAGAUGCGAGAACAGGAGGAGCGACUGAUGAGGCAGGCUGCACAUGUCAAUGCUUGGGACCAGCUUCUUCAGAAAGGGCAUGACCAGGUUCAGCAGCUUCGUGACACCCUUAACACUGUGGAAGUGGAUCAGCAGAGACUGCAAGCAGAGUUGGAUUUCAUUCAAGGUCAGCAGCAAGAAUUAGAGCAGCUGAUUGAACCUUUGGAAUCUGCUGCAGCAACUACAUCCCCGGCACAGCACCAGGGUGAUCGCCAGAGAGAGAACAUGUAUCACAUAGCACAGAACCUUGACUCCCAGCUUCGCCAGAUGACAGAUGACUUGUGUAAGGUUAUUGAGCAUUUGAACAACAACAACUCCUCCUCACAGGCCUCUGACCCAGUUACAACAAUUGCCAGAGUGCUGUCAGCACACAUGGACACCUUAAAAUGGGUUGAUCAAAACUCUGCAUUACUUUCCCAAAAGGUAGAUGAUCUCUCUAGAGCAGCUGACUCCAAAAGGAGAGACUGAGAUGUAUAUGAAAUAAUUAUUAAGGUAUGAAGAAGUUAAUGUUAAUUUUGAUGAUGUAAUCAAUGGCUAUAUUCUUUCUUUUUUUAUUAAUAUAUAUUA